CACAGACAUUUUUCUCCUUUUAGAAAUCCCAUUUUUACUCUGUCACAGAAAUCAAGCUCGUAUAAAUAAAGUGAAUAAAGUUAAAUAUUUUUGAAUAAAUUUAAAGAGAGAGAGAGAGAGAUCCGGUCAGGAUGGGAAAGAGGAGUGGAGCGAGGAUUUGGGCGAUAAAUUAGAUUGAGAUAGAGGGGCAAAGCAUUCAAAUAGCAUGCGUUAGAUUUGCAUUAAAAAGUUUUAAUUUUGAGAAAGAAGAGAGAAAAAACUAAAGAUUUUGGGUAUCUCAAGAAUUUGAUAGGGGAUAUGGAGGAUGACUUGCCAUUUAUGAUCAUCACUUGUCCUUUAAAUCCCAAGAUUUAUUCUUGAUUUUCAUGGAUACAAGGGAGGGAGGAUGGCUCAAGAGGAAAAUGUUUUUGGGUGCAGCUAUAGUGGCGGUGGCGGCAAUGGAGGAGGCGGUGGCGGCGGAGGCGGUGGUGGUGGUGGGAGUUGUAGGUCUAAAAAAAUUAAGCCCAAAAAAGUGCCUCAGAGAGGAUUAGGUGUGGCUCAGCUUGAAAAGAUUAGAAUAGAGGAAGAGCAAAAGAAUGUGAUUGCUUCUUCUUCACCUAGUGAUGGUGGUGGUGGUGCUACUUCAUUUUUGGGUGUUCAGAAAUUUAGGCCAAAUCUUGCCCCAUUUCACAACUCACCACCACCAUCAUCUUCAUCAAAUCUUUCUUCCCCAAAUGCAUUGUUUAGGCACUCCCAAUCAGCCCCCAACAUUGAGAUUCUUCAAGAAAGUUGCUCUGUUUCAAGGCAUUCAAAUGGGGAGAUUGGUUCAAGACCUAUGUUGUGGGGUGGUGACUACAAUCAUCAUCUUCAUCAUCAUCAUCCCUUUGCAUUUGAUCUGCCCUUUGAGCCCCCCACCCCCACGGUUUUGCCUCAGAGAUCACACCAUUUUCAGCCACCUCCAUCUUCAAUGGUGAAUUCCAUUUCACCAUCAUCAGUUCUAACUUCUCAUUUGGAGCCCCCUUCAAACCAAAGUUCACUCCCUAACAACUAUGCACCUCAAUGGAGAGAGGAAGACAAGAUGGUUGGAGUGAAGAAGAGGUCUUACCCCUUCUCUCAAGAAAGUCCACCACCCCUUUCCUCUGCACCACAACACGACUUAGCUUUAUGUAGCAGUGGAUACUCACCUAUUGCACAACCAAGAAACAAAUGCAUCAGGCCAAGUGAAGUUGCCGGAGAUGGUGAGGCUCUAAACGGAGAUUUCCUAACGUUGGCUCCUCCGUCCUCCAACUUCAACCACACUCAACCAAGCCAGCCUGAAUCGAGCGGAGCGGUGAAAGAGUCGUUUAACUUCUUCCCGGUUAAGCUGUUUGCGAAUCAAAGGAGCAACAGUGAAGAGGGUGAUCAUACAGUUGAUCUCAGUCUUAAGCUGUAGAAGGUUUAGAGAGGAAUUCUUGAUAUUGUGUGUAAUGUAUUUUAUUUACUUUGAACAUAUAUAUAUAUAUAUAUAUUUUCAAUGUCAAUUCUCUGCA